CCCGUUUGUUGAUGUCUGACGUCUUCACUGAUUUUCCUUAUUUUCUGAUGGUUUUCAGUGUUUCUUCCAUUCACAAAAGUUUUUUUUUCGGUCUUUUUCUCAUUCAUUGAUUUUUCAUAUUUUCUUUCUUUUUCUACUUUCUCCAAUUUCGUAAAUGAGCUCAACGUUGCAGCAAAGCACCCAGCGCUGGAAAACGCAGUGUAUCUACCAAAUCCUGACGGAUCGCUUUGCUUUUUCCGAUGAGGACCAUCCCAAAGCUCCUUCCACCGGUCGCAUGUAUCUCGGAGGAACCUGGCGUGGAAUCGCUCGCAAACUCGAUUAUAUUCAAGAGUUGGGAUGUACCGCUGUAUGGAUCAGCCCCAUCGUCAAAAAUAUCGAAGAUGUUACCGGCUAUGGUCAAGGAUAUCACGGAUACUGGGCCCAAGAUUUGCUAGAUGUAAAUCCUCAUUUCGGUACCAAACAGGACUUGAUCGACCUUGUGCAACAACUCCAUGACCGCAAUAUGCUCUGCAUGGUCGACAUCGUCGUCAAUCACAUGGCCCAUGCUGGUUCUGGCGAAAUUGACUACUCCAAGUAUCGUCCCUUCAACUCGGAAGCCGAUUACCAUCCUAGAAGGUACGUCCAAAACUACGACGAUACCGUGGAUUGUGAAACCGGUUGGCUUGGUGACGAUACUGUUGGUUUAAUGGAUAUUCGUACAGAAGAGCCUCGUAUCCAAGCAUUUUUCCAAGAUUGGAUUCGCGACCUUGUCGAAACCUAUCAUUUUGACGGCCUCCGUAUUGAUACUAUCAAGCACGUUCACAGAGAAUUUUAUCCCCCUUUCAUUGAAGCCUCCAAAGUUUUUACAUUUGGUGAAGUCUUUCAUGGGGAUCCACGAUACGUUGGAGACUACCUUCAGUACAUGCCUUCGUCCAUUAAUUAUCCCCUCUAUUACCAAAUUCGAAAAGCCUUUGCACAGCUUCCGCGCAUCUCGAUGAAGGAAUUUUACGACAAAGCUAUUUUAGAAGCCCGUGCCUAUAUUCCUGAUACCACCGUUCUUGGAAACUUUAUAGAAAAUCACGAUGUCCCUCGGAUACUUGGCAUGACUUCAGACUCUUCGUUGCUGCUAAACGCUUUGGUCGCUCUUAUUUAUUUGGAUGGAAUUCCAAUUGUUUUUCAGGGCCAAGAACAAAUGUUCGUUGGAGGCGAUGAUCCUGAAAAUAGAAAUGCUCUUUGGAGCAGUCAUUACGAUACUACACAUUUUAUGUUUAAUGUCCUUUCUAAAAUGAUUCAUGUUCGUCAAUCCCUCAUUCAAAAAUUUCCUGACUUCUGUAACACUUUGUCUAAUUGUCUCUAUCUGGACAACCACAACUACGUCUUUGAACGCCCUGGUUGCAUCGUUUGUCUGUGCAAUGGAGGAUCAAAUUCAAAUUUCAAAUUUCCUGUAAAUGUUCCGGUAGAGCAAGGUACAGUUGCUCGCUUCAUGGACAUAUGGACAGAAGAAAUCUUUGACGCCUCCCCAUCAUCACCCUCUACUCUCAAUCUCAUAGUUGAUGCAGGACUUCCAAAGGUUUUGGUUCAGCCCUCAUCCAUACUGAGGUAAGGUGGCACUUUAGAUUCUCACGUUUCAAUCUUGGAAAAUAGUCUGUCUUUUAUGAAUGCAUCUAUAUUUAUUAGCCAGGAUAACCAUCCACUUGACCUUUUUGGUUCGUCCAGUUUAUUCUCUUUACCUAGUGUUAGGUUUACCUUUUGAUGAUACUUGUUUUGGUUUAUUUUCGCUUUCUUUUACAAUGCUACAUUGCUUUCUUUUGCUUUUUUUUUAUGUAUGCAGUUAUAUUUAGUACUUUGAUUAAUAGAAUGUGAUUCCCGCUCAUCUCGUUCCUUC